UUAAAAAUUUUUUAUUAUUUUUGAUGAUUUUAAAUUUUUAUACGUAAAUAAAAUUUUAAAAAAUCUUGAAAAUUGUUUUCAGUUUGAUUUUGAAAUUUUUUUUUCAAAUUUUCUUUUUCUUUUGAAUCCUAACCUAAAAAAUUUAUUUUCAAAGUAAUUAUAAAAUUUUUGACUAAAAAGCAGCGGCCACGUGGUCUAGAAUAAAUUGAAAUAAUUGCUGGGUCACGCAAACCAAAUUUUUAAAAAAUAGAAAUCGAAAAACGCAAAAAUGUCAAAAAUUUUGAGCGCUAAAAUUGGCCCGUCGAUUUUGAACGCCGAUUUAUCAAUUUUGUAUGAAGAAUCGGUUAAAUUGAUAGACAAUGGUGCUGAUUAUUUGCAUCUUGAUGUAAUGGAUGGUCAUUUUGUGCCGAAUUUAACUUUUGGUCACCCGGUGGUAAAAUGCCUGAGAAAAAAAAUAAAAAAUGUUUUCUUUGAAACCCAUAUGAUGGUUUCGAAACCCGAUCAGUGGAUCGAGCCAAUGGCUGAUGCUGGUGUUGAUCAGUACACUUUUCAUGUCGAGCCUGUUGAAGAUGUUGGGGCUGUUUGUAGGAAAAUUAAAGAAGCUGGGAUGAAGGUUGGUGUGGCAUUGAAACCUGGUACGGAAGUGGAUGUUGUUACGGAAUACAUUGAGCUAGCAGAUAUGGUGUUAAUAAUGACAGUGGAGCCAGGGUUUGGAGGACAAAAGUUUAUGGAGAACCAGAUGGUGAAAGUUAAAUGGCUGAGAGACAAUUAUCCUGGUUUGGAUAUUGAAGUUGAUGGUGGAGUAGGUCCUAAUACUAUUGACAUGUGUGCCAAGGCCGGAGCAAAUAUGAUCGUUUCCGGUACUGCUGUAAUAGGAUCUGCAGACCAACGUAAAGUUAUGUCGAGUAUGAAACAAACAGUAAAUGAAUACUUAAAUAAUUGAUAACGAUAAUGGGUAUAUUUUAUAUUUUCUGGGAAUAAAAUUUUAUUUUUCAAUUUUAAA